CUUCCUGUGGGCUGAUUGCAACGGCAAGACUCUGCAGCACACUAAGAGCAGUGUUCAGGGAAAGGAGAGGUGGUGUAUCAGUCAGCACUAUGCUGAUAUCUGCAGGUUCCAUCACUCUGCUGGACUGUCUUGUCUCUCUGCUCAGUCUUCUAACAGGAGCUGUUUUGGAGGCAAAUGGAUGCAUCCAUAUUUUAGUGAGUGCUAAUACAGUGCAGUGGGAAUCUCCAUUGUCUGCCACUUGCACAAUAACAAACACCUCCUGUGUUGUGGGCUCCAUUGCACAUGCCUCUCAGGUAUUGUGGCAACUGGACAAGGUGGACAUUCCCAGGACACAGUGUACCAUUGUGAACAGCACAGUCUCUCAGAUCAACAUUCCUGCUUUCAAUCAAACGGUUGGGCUACUCAGCUGUCAGAUCCGCCAAGGACCAGGAGUGACUCUGCAAGAUAGAGUGAGAAUCCACGCUGGCUUACCUCCAGAUAAACCAAGAAAUUUAACAUGUGUAACAAGUUUGAAGAAGAAGCUCAGAAUGAAUUGCACCUGGGACCCAGGAAGAGACCCACGUAUACCAACAAAUUACACACUACGCAGAAUAAAGAAUCUGGCUAAGUGCCAUAAUCAUGACAUGAAUGCACAGAGGAUUGACUGCUUGUCUCAGGAUUCCCGCUCCUGUACAGUCCCUCGUGACAAGCUGCGUCUCUUCUCCACUUAUGACAUCUCUGUUAUUGCUAAGAAUGUACUCGGAUCUACAGAGUCGGAGGUCCGGUGCCUCGAUGCAAUGGAUGUAGUGAAGCUGGAGAGGCCUGUGAUUCGCACUGUCCUAGCAGAUCCUUUGAGCAGCCACUGUUUGAUUAUACACUGGGUGCUGGACAUUAACUUGAGAAUUGAAUGCGAGUUGCAAUACAGUGAACAUCACAAACCUGCCUGGAGACAGGUGAAGGUUACAAUCACUGCAAUGCAUAGAGAGCAGCAUCUGUGCCAGUUGUCAGCGGCAACUGAAUACCGAGUCCAGCUUCGUUGCAUAUUACUUGGUAAGAUGAGAUACUGGAGUGACUGGAGCCUGGAGCACACUGGACGCACUUCAGAGAGCCCUCCUGUGGGGUUCCCUGAUGUCUGGUGGCACAUUGAAGAUUCUGCUCUAGAUGAAAAUAUGUACAUUCGGCUUUUUUGGAAGGAACUGAAAGAUUCAGAAACGAAUGGGAAGAUCAGAGGUUACAGGGUGACACACAGACCUGAACCUGAGACCAAUCAUCCUGAGAUCACUUUGUGCAACACAACUAGUCUGAGCUGCAGGAUCUCAGUGCCAAAAGGAGAUGGCAACAUCUGCGUCUGUGCUUACAACAGUGCUGGGAAAUCACCUCCAGCACAGCUGGCAGUGAAGGCUCUGCAUCAGACAGACAUUGCCCUUCUUCCUCCAAGCUUAAGCAUUAUUCCAAUUACUGAGCACAGUCUCCAAGUGAAUUGGACUUCCCCGAGCACUGAGGUUAUUGGUUAUGUGAUAGAAUGGUGUGACAUUUCCACAGCAUUUUCUUGUGAAAUCAACUGGAAGAAGGUUUCAGCUGACAGCAGCACCAGCUGCAUUCUACAAGAGAAUAUCAAGCCCAUGAGACGUUACAGCAUCUCCAUCUACCCUCUGCUUUGGAAGGGAGUUGCACUUCCACUUUUUACAGAAGCAUAUUCCAAGCAAGGAGCCCCACUGAUUGGCCCUAAAGUAAGUGGAAACCGUAUUUGGAAAUCACAGGCCGAGGUGAUCUGGGAGGAGAUUCCAAUCAACAAACGCCAAGGUUUUAUUCGGAAUUACACAAUAUUCUACAGCAAUAAGAAGGGACCUGUUCAAUAUAUUGUGAGCAAUGCAUUGGAAAGGAGAUACACGCUGACUGGCCUCCUGGCUGCCACUGAUUAUGUGGUGCAAGUCAUGGCAACAACAGAUGCAGGAGGAACAAAUGGCUCAGCCUUGAAUCUCACCACUAAGAAAUCUGAUGAUGGGAACAUGUUGACUGUCCUUGCAUGGCUCUUCGCACUUCUCCUUUUACUGUCCAUUCUGCUUUUGAUGUGCUUUCUUCGCCGAAGAAUGAUUACAGGACACUUGUGGCCCAAGGUACCAAACCCUGCAAACAGCACCCUUGCCAGAUGGAGGCCAGGGAGCCAACCUCAGGAUCGAAACGGUUCAGACGAAAAUCCUGACUGCAUCGUCUCUUCUUUUACCUUCCUUCAGAAAGACACGAGACAGAAUGCUGCUUCUGCAGUAAAAUCAAACCAGCUGAUAGAAAAUGAAAAGGGUGUGAGCAUUAACAGCAAUAGAAAGAGCCCCAACAGUGGAGAGACUCUGCACUGUUCAUCAGCGGGCCAUACACGUGAUGUUUGCACACCAUACCACAAUCUUUCUGGGCUGGCUCAGUAUGCCACUGUGCUGCACUCUAAAGACCAGAAAGUUCCACCCACACUCUUCCUCAGAUCAGAUUCCACUCAACCACUUUUGCAUGAAUUAACACCAAGUCCCAAACCAAAUGAGAACCCAUGGUUUACAAUGUCUGCAACAAAUGACAGUGAACUGUCGCAGGACAUUUCGCUGUCAGAUAUAGUUGGAGAGGAGGAAAUAUGGAAAACUUUUCCACUUUUAUGGGGACUAGUGUCUGAACACAAAGGUGAUUAAAUGGUGACAAAAUUGUGGUUCAUUGAUGACUAAACAAUGUCUAAAUAGUGAUUUCUUGAUGAUGCACUGUUGCAACAAAGAUAGCACAAUUCGAGAACAAUAAAAUGGCUAUAGCUCAGACAUGAUGGGCUGAAUGGCCUCCUUCUGUGUGACUCCCUAAGAGCCACUCACCUAGUCACACUCCUCUGCUAAUUACCUGUAGCCCUCCAUUUUUGUUUUCUUCAUAUGUAUCCAAUUUCCUUUUCAAAGCCACAAUUGAACCUAUCUCCUCUACAUUCUCAAGCACAGCAUUCCAGAUCCUGACCACUCACUGCACAAAAAAGUUGUUCCUCAUGUCAUUUCUUUUACCUUUUUAUCUUAAAUCUGUGCCCCCUGCUUCUCAACCUUUCCACCAAUGAGAACAGUUUCUCCCUAUCUACUCUGUCCAAACCCCGCAUCAUUUUGAAUACGUCUAUCAAAAGUCCUCUCUGGCUCCUUUUCUCUAAGAGAAACAUUCUCAGAUUUUUCAAUCUAUUCAAAAACUGAAGAUCUUCAUCACUGGAACCAUUCCUGAAAAUCUGCAUCCUCGCUAACCUUCCUAAAUCCUUCCUAAGGAUUGGUGCCCAGAAUUAGAUACAAAACCCCAACAGAGACUGCUUUCUCAGCCUACCCUAUCAAUGAUUUAUGCACAACUGCCCCCAGAUCCUUCUGGUCCUGCCCCCAUCCUUGAGAAUUGUACCCUGUAUUGCCUUUGCUCAUUAUUCUUAUCAAAAUGUAUCACUUCACGUUUCUCUGAAUUAAGUAUCAUAUGUCAUUCUAUUCCACCAGCCUGUUAAAGCCUUUCACUACUCUCACAAUUCUUCCAAGCUUUGUGUCAUCUACAAAUCUUUAAAUUGUGCAUUGCACACUCAAGUCUAGGUCAUUAGUAUACAUCAAGAAAGGCAGUGGUCCUAGUACCAUUCCCUGGGGAACUGCAAUAUAUCUUCCUCAAGUUCGAAAAACAAUUAGAUAAAGGCAAAAUACUGCGGACGCUGGAAACCUGAAACAAAAACAAAAAAUGCUGGAAAAACGCAGCAAGUCUGACAGCAUCCGUGGAGAGAAAGACAGAGUUAACAUUUCAAGUCCAUAUGACCCAACUCUAAAGAAGUAAUUUUUUGUUUUUGUUUUGAAAAAGAAUUGUUCUCUGUUUUCUGUAACUCAAACAACUUUGUAUCAAUGCUGCCUCAAUCUGCUUUGUUCCAUGUGCUUCAACUUUGCUGACAAGCUUGUUAUGUGCCAUUUUAUAGAAUGCCUUUUGGAAGACCAUGUGUACCGUAUCAACCACAUUAUCCUCAUCAACCCUUUCUGUUACCUCAUUAAAAAACGCAACCACAUUAGUUAAACAAAUUCUAUCCUUAAAAAAAAAAUCAGUGCUGCAUUCCUGAAUCCUGAAGGAUUACACCCUUGUGCAAGAGACUGUUGAUUUUGUCCUGGAUUAUCAUUUCUAAAGGAGCCAAUUAGCUGAGUUGGCUAGACAGCCAGCAUGUGGUUCUGAAUAAUGUGAACAGUAUGGGUUUGCUUCCCAUUCCAGUGGGGGUAGACUUGGGACCCGCCUCCUCGCCCUGACCCCGAGAGUGGGUGACAAUAGCACCACCACUGACAAAAACGCCAAAGAAAACAGCUCAGGAUGAACCAUCAGCAGAGCGCACACACCAUACCAUACCAUCAUUUCUAAAUGCUUUCCUUUGGAGGCGUAGUGGCAAUGUCACUGGGAUAGCUAUCCUGAGGCCCAAGAUAGGAACCGGGGUUCAAAUGCCACCACAGCAGCUCGUGGAAUUUAAAUUCAAUUAAUUAUUGAAUCUGGAAUCUUAAUGAAAGUGACCAAACUAAUAUCAAUUGUCAUAAAAACCCAUUGGUUUCACUAAUGCCCUUAAUUGAAGGAAAUUGCCAUCCUACAUGUGACUCCAAACACACAGCAAUGUGAUUGACUUUUAACCGCCCAUUGAAAAGACCUAGCAAACCCCUCAGUUCAAGGGCAAUUUAAGCUAAGAAAGAAAUGCUGGCCUUGCCAGCCACACCAACAUACCACAAAAUAAUAUUUUUUAAAAAUACUAAGGUCACCUUUACACCUUUUUUGAACAAUUCCAGUCCUUUGGCGCUUAGAUACCUGUAUAUUAGUAGAUUGGAAGAUUAUGGCCAAUGUCAAUUUUCACCCUUACUUCCCUUAGGAUGCACCUGACCUGGUCUUGGUGACUUGUCAACCUUAAUACAGCAAGCAUUUCUAAUAUCUCCUUUUUAUCAAUUUUUAACCCACCAGUGUCAUAACUACCUCUUUUAGGAGGACAUUGGUAGCAUCUUCUUCCUUGGUAAAGACAGAUACAAAAUACUCAUUUAUUACCCCAACAAAGUGCUGUAGUGUUGUUUUACCCGCCGGCCACAAUGACAGAUUUUCACACCAAAUCCUCCUAAACCUACUCAUUAAUAAUGCAUUCCCGGGAAACACACUCUUUCCACUGCGGGCAGGCUCCAAUUUGCCCGCCACACCAUCACCUCGCCUCAUCAGCACGCUGGGCGUCAUAUUUAAAGUCUAUCUGUGCAAACACAUAUUAGUACUUCCAGCCCAGGAUGUCUGCAGAUAUGAUGUCCACAGAAGACUGCAGCCCUCUCGUUUAACGAUGCAUCACUAGAAAGCUUUUUUGACACUGUGGAGGCCUGUCAUGAUGUCCUCUACCCCCACUCUGGCCACAGGAUGGGCAGAGACAUGACCAACUAGGCUUGGUAGCAGUGGUUAUCAGUGCCAAUGCUGCACAGAAGUGGUUGGCCAUCCAAUGCAGAUAGAGGAUGAAUGAUCUCAUCCACGCUGCCAAGGUAAGGCAACCAUCUCAUCACUCUAAACUCACAUACUCAAACCCACCACACAUUCACUGGCAUCUCACUCACUAGCUGCUCAAGGGACAGUACCACCUAUUCUUACACACGUACUCUCACAUCUCCAUCUGGUCUCAUCUCUGGAGACUACCUCCUCAGCCCUCACCAACUUGAGGCCACUUGCACAAAUCAACAUGUGCCCCCACACAUGCCCUGUGAUACCCCCCUUCCCCAGUACAGCCUUCAUCCUGCAGCCUCUUCCCUUGCCUGAAGCCACUUCUCUCCCUUCCCCAAGCAAGCUCUAGCCCAGCAGCCAUUGAAAGGACACCCAUGUCUGGCUGGCCUGGUAGGUAGAGACCUGCCCGUGAGCCCCCCUAAAAGUGACAUAGUGCUGUCUGUGAAGCCUGGCACUGAUGAGCGUGAGUGCUGACCGAAGUGAGGUAGCAAACCUUGAAAUCCCAAGGUAAGUGCAGCUUGCCAGGUGCAUGUCACUUAUGUGUUGUGAAACACGUUGACUUGUUUUCCUGCCGAUGUGGACGGACAAUCCGGCGGGGGUGGGGAUGAUUCCGGUGGGCAGGCUCAAUAGUGAUAUGCUGAUGUAAGGUUCCUGACAUCCAAUGGCGGAGAACAUGGCCCACCAUCGGUGGGCUAAGCGGAUGAUUGUGAACUGGUUUCUUGCUGUCGUGAGACCAAUUGCGCCACAUUGUCCACUCAUGCCACCGAACACACCUGGUGCUGGCGGGCAUGGAAAACCCUGACCUUUGAGUUUGACUGUAUAGUUCACCAGCUGUAAGGGAUUUUAAAUAUAUGAAAAUGACUUUAAAAUACUAUGCAGAACCACUUACUAGUUAUCCACUGGGGCAUAGUAGUGAAUAAAAAAGUAAAAUAUGUAAAAGCUUUGAAAGUUGCUUAUUAAUAGCCUUGUGCCUAAAAACAUACAGCUUCAUUUUAAGAGCUUUCUUGAUUGUUCACAAGUGCAGUUAAUGGAAACUCUAUAUGGGGAUUCAUUCGAUUUGGGGGAUGGUCAGUUUUCUAAGUAGGGUUGACUUCCAUCACAAUAUUUGUAAAACAGUACAAAGAGCUUAUAAACUAGAUUUUGCUGAGCAUAACUUGCGUUUGAAAUUCCUGGUCAAAUUCAUAUGAAUUACACCAAAAAAUAAAACAGCAGGACCCAAUGAAAACCCCAGGCCUAUUUCUUCACAUGAUAACUGCGUCCUCAAAGUUAAACAGUUUUUGAAUUGGCGCGAUGCUUGCCUCACGCACAGAGCAUUUGCAUUUCAAAUUCUUCCAGUUGUGUAUCCCCUGUUGAUAGUUUGAAGUAGAAUUGUAGCUAAUUAAGCUGUAGUUACACACAUCUGUAAUGUGCAUACGAACACUGACCUUUGCCUUUCAAUAUUUGCAUAUAGCAGUAAAAGCUUGCCUGUUGGUAGCUCAUAAAUGAAAAAAUGAUCAGUAAACAUUGUAAAAACC